UCUCACAUUCAACCAGCAAAGAUCCAAUAAUAUACUUUAUCAAGAAUCAAAGAGAUCAAUGGCGGAGAAGGAUCAGACGCCGACCUAUCCUUUGGCGCCAACCAAUGGAUAUGUUCGGAGUGAUGAAGAGGCUGCAGGCUCCGAGCUUUCCAAAGAGCUUUGUCGCAAGAAGCGCAUGAAAUGCUUGGCAUAUGCUGUUGCCUUUGCUGUGUUCCAAACUGGUGUCAUAUUAAUCUUUUCUCUGACCGUGAUGAAGAUCAAAAAUCCUAAAUUUCGAGUUAGGUCGGCUUCUUUUGAGACCUUUGAGGUUGUGGCUUCAAACCCUUCAUUCAAUUUGAGGAUGAAUGCUGAACUAGGAGUGAAAAACACCAAUUUUGGUCACUACAAGUUCGACAACAGCACUAUUACCUUUUUCUAUAAGGGUGUACAAGUGGGUAGUGCCAUUGUUCCAAAUGCAAGAGCGAAAGCACGAUCAACCAAGAAGUUCAAUGUCGUUGUGGACCUUUCAUCAACCGGCGUACCAAGCAAUUCGGAGCUAGGGAGUGACUUGGAUUCCGGGAUUUUGCCGCUGAGCAGCCAAUCCAAUUUGAAGGGAAAGGUGGAGCUAAUGAAGGUGAUGAAGAAGAAGAAAUCAGUUGACAUGAAUUGCACCAUGGAACUUAAUAUCUCCACCAAGGAGCUCCGGCAUUUGACGUGCAAGUGAUAGACAUAUAUGUUUACUUAUGUGUUAGGCCUUAGGCAUUUGAAAAUUACUUUAUAUAUAUAUAUAUAUAUUGAGGGGGACAAUGUUUGUAAUCCUUUGGCUUGGCCAUUCUUUGUUUUGUGAUAUAUAUAC